CCGAUGACGGCGAUCGACAGCGCCGGUGAGCCGCCAUGGCGGCCCGGGUACUGAGGCCGCUGCCCAGGCUGAAGCCAUUCAACAGACUGCAAGUGAUACUACAACAUUUGAAAAUGUCUAAGCAAACAGAUUCGACAGCUGAAGUGUUGUUGGAAAAGAGAGGAGGUGCAGCUAUAAUAACUUUGAAUAGACCCAAGGUUCUCAAUGCACUAACUCUUUCUAUGAUCCAACAAAUUUAUCCACAAAUAAAGACUUGGGAGCAAGAUCCUGAAACUUUUCUAAUAAUUAUAAAGGGAACUGGAGGAAAAGCUUUUUGUGCUGGGGGUGACAUCAGAGCUAUUGCAGAUGCAGGAAAAGUUGGAGAUAGACUGGCACGUGAUUUCUUCAGAGAAGAAUAUAUCCUGAACAAUGCCAUUGGCACUUGCAAGAAGCCAUAUGUGGCACUUAUCGAUGGCAUUACAAUGGGAGGGGGAGUUGGCCUCUCAGUCCAUGGACAUUUCCGAGUUGCUACAGAAAAGACACUUUUUGCAAUGCCAGAAACAGCAAUAGGCCUUUUUCCUGAUGUAGGUGGAGGAUAUUUCUUGCCAAGACUAUCAGGAAAGAUUGGCUAUUACCUUGCACUAACAGGAUUUAGGCUGAAAGGAAGAGAUGUCCUAAAAGCUGGCAUCGCUACACAUUUUGUAGAAUCUGAAAAGCUACCUGCCUUAGAGAAAGACCUGAUAGCACUGAAAUCUCCUUCAACAGAAAAUAUUGCAGACUUAUUGAACUCUUACCAUGUGAAGAGCAAAGUUGAUCAAGAAAAGGAGUUUGUACUUGAUGAACAUAUGGAGAAGAUUAACAGUCUUUUUUCAGCAAAUAGUAUGGAAGAAAUUGUUAAAAAAUUAAAGCAAGAUGGUUCUCCUUUUGCCAUUAAGCAGCUAGAGACUAUUAAUAAGAUGUCACCUACAUCCUUAAAGAUGACUCUCCGACAGCUCAGAGAAGGAGCUUCCAUGAGCUUACAAGAUGUACUCAUGAUGGAGUACAGACUGAGCCAAGCAUGCAUGAGAGGCCAUGACUUCUAUGAAGGGGUUCGAGCAGUGCUGACUGACAAAGACCAAUCCCCCAGAUGGAAGCCAGCUGCUCUAGAAGAAGUCAGUGAUGAAUUUCUGGACGAUUGUUUUAAGCCAUUGGGAAACAACGAUCUCAAGUUGUAAAGAUCAAGCCUAUUGAUAUCUUAUACAUCUGCUUAAUUCUAUGAUAUAAAAUUUAAUAGCAGUAUGAUAAAGCUUGACAAGACUCUUUUAGCUAGCCCGGGAUUUGUAAGUCUAAUUUUUUGCAUUCAGGAACAUGCUCUUUUGUUAUGCUGCCAUAAUGGCAAAAUAAUAAUAUCUCUGGUUAAUAAGGGGAAAAAUUACUUCAAGGCAAAUUGUUAUUUUUACUGCUUUACACAAUGAUUAACAUUUAAUUUCUGCAUCAACUCUUAGUUUAGGAGGAACCUUUGGGGAGAGAGCAUAGUUAAGGGAUGACCUAAUAAGCAAGAAGUCAGGAGACCUUUGUGUUCUUGUCUCUGUCACUGAUCUGUUAACUUGGGAUUGUGCCUUAGAUUCUUCUCUAAACAAUGAAAAUAAAAUAUACUUAAAGCUUUAAAACAGAGCUACAAAGGAAAGUGCAAGACGUGCUAAAUGCAUGGUGUUAAAUAGUCUUUUAAAUAAAAGGUCAGACUAACACAUUAUUAGUCUGAGAGCAAGGAAUUGUUCUAUUGAUUUAACAUUUGGUCAGUAUUCAGUCUUGCUAUGUGAUGCAGACAUUGUUUCAAAUGUCAUAAUAUUGCCAGAGCCUGGAGCACACUUCUGCUUGCUUGUAAAACCAAAUUUUUUAAAUGCCAUUAAGCUUGAUUGAUUGAACUGCAGAAUUAGUUUUUCAUUAUUUCAAAAAUUGCUAGUUUUUCCUGGUCUUACAGUGGUAAAGAAAGAACUGUCUCAGACCUUCCUCUGAAAACUAAGCAGCACAUUUCCUGUUGAUGUGAGUGAUUGUCUAAUGAUUUUAGUGGUAGAGGUCAGCCUGGCCCUAAUACUGCAAGUGGCUGGAGUUUAUCUAUACCAACUAGUCUGAGUUGCCAUUUGCUUGUGCCCAUGAACAUCCUGCCUGCUGGGUGGAAAAUUUGUGAAAAGUAGGGGGAACACAGCAAUACGUCCUGAAGAUAAUAGGGGAAAAGGUGAAAUAUCUGCUGCUACAUGGAUCGUAUAGGUUUUUAACACAACAUAUCCUAACAAAUGUAUUUGUUGGAAUCAAAAUUUAAAUAUACAUCAAAACCCCCUUGUUGUAUGUGCAUUAAAGGUUGCUGGGUUCUGAUACUAAUAAUAC